UACAGCCGGCCCCAGACCGUGGCUGCUCGCGCCGCCUGCGCCUGCGCGGUGGGCGCCUAGUGUGCGAGCGCAGCGCUGAGGACGCCGCUGGGGUCGCCUGGCAACCGGGUCGCCUAGCAACGGGCGACCGCGCACGCUGAAGCAGUGGUCUCUGCGGAGCUCCGUUUUGAAAGUGAGAGCGUCACCUCCUGCAGGUGCGGAAAGAUGGCCCAUACCUGGAUCUCUAUGUACCUGCCCCCCGACAUCAACCCCGCCCAGGCUUCCAUCGCGUACGGCUGCCGGGCCCUGCCCAAACUGAACGAGGAACUGCAGUCCGAGGACCUGCAGACCAGGCAGAAAGCCCUCAUGGCUCUGUGCGACCUCAUGCAUGACCCCGAGCACGUCUAUGUGGCCAUCGACAUAGGCUGCCUGGAGAGCCUGCGGGCUUUGCUGAGGGACACCAACCACAUGGUACGCAUCAAGACCACCGAGGUGCUGUCCAUCAUGGCGACCCACACCGUGGGCAGGUGGGCCACUGUGUACGGAAACCCAGGGCAGGCUUUUUUUUUUUUCAAUGGAAAAACAAAAAGCCAGGAAUCAGAGAUUUGUACAUUCCCUUUGAACAGUGCAUCUUAACCCCAAACACAAAGGGCUAGGCAUGCGUCCACCCCCAGUGCCACCAGGCCUCCCUGGGAUGUGGGCCUGGGAUUGAGGUUCCCCUCCUCUUUGGGGCUUAAACCACCCCUGCAAGGUCGUCCAAUGUGCAGCCGUGGUUUCUUUCGAGAAGAGCAAGAAGUCAGACAUUAAUGAAGUAAUCUGUAUGCAAAACCUUCUAGGGCCUUUCUACCAUCAUCUCACUUGUCUGACAGACUCACUUUGGAGUCUCCUCAAAGCCUUCCACCUGGUUUUUAUAAGGAAAUUAGAAACAACCCUCUCCUCUCAUCUAA